CUAAAACUUCUUAGUUUAUAGAGUAACUCUUUACCAGAUAUCAUAUGCACAUAACUCAGAGACGGUUUCAUUUCAUCUAAACAUUCUUAGAAAAUUCUCAAGUUUAGUCUAAUAAUAAAAUGACAUAUCUUUAAAGAGAUAUAAACAUAAAUUCAAUUAAAAAAAAUUGAAAAUAAAUAAAUACUCGAACUCUAAAAUUUUCUCUAUCUUAAAUUGAAAUAUUACCCUUGAGGCCUUGACUCUAAAUUUAUAUAAAGAAAUAAAGCACACAGCCACAACUAUAUAUAUGGUCAUCCGAGAGUCUAGAUGUAUACACUAUAACUUAUAUAAAGUAAAUAAAUAUAUGGGUGCAUUUCAAGUCCUCUCCGCCAAUACAAUCAAAGCACUAAAAUCAAGUAAUCAAAAAAUUGAUUUAACUCCAUGGGAUCUUCAGUUUCUACUUGCUUCAACCAACAAAAGGGGUCUUCUUUAUCACCAUCCUCUAGCAUCUGACCAAAUCCAACGGCUGAGACACUCUCUAACCUCUGCCCUUUCCUUUUUCCAACCUCUUGCCGGCCGUCUUAAAAUAACGGAACACAAAGACAACACCGUCUCGUGUUCCAUUACAUGCAACAAUGCAGGUGUAACCUUUAUUCAUGCCGCAUCAAAGAAUACUUGUGUUGCUGACAUCCUAGAAUCCACCUAUGUUCCUUCAGUUGUCCGUUCGUUUUUUCCUUUUAUCGGAGUUAGAAACUACGAAGGCACAUCAAAUCCAUUGUUGGCGGUUCAAGUCACGGAGUUAGUUGAUGGUAUCUUCAUUGGCUGCACGUUCAACCAUGUGGUCGGUGAUGGAAACUCCACGUGGAAUUUCAUUAAUUCUUGGGCUGAAAUCUCACGUGGAUGUUGUCAUCAUCAAAUAUCUAAACCUCCAACGUUAGAGCGUUGGUUUCCGAAUGGUAUACAAAGGCCCAUACGAUUUCCUUUCACUAUAGAGCCACAAAAUCACUCUGAUAGAUUGAGUUUUUCGUCAUCUGAUAACGAAAAACUCUGUCUAUCAGAAAGAAUAUUUCGCUUCACAAAGGAAAAAAUUGAGCAACUGAAAUCGAAAGUCAACGCAGAAAUUAAUGAUACCAUAAAAAUUUCUUCACUACAAGCGGUUUUAACUCACCUUUGGCGCUCUGUGAUCCGUUCCAAACAUCUUGAUCCACAAGAAGAAGUCUACAAUAUGUUCGUGAUAGGAGUUAGACAAAGGAUUGAUCCACAAUUGCCAGAAGAUUAUUUUGGAAACGCGAUUAUAGGUUGUGGGGUUAAAAUGAAAGCCGGGGAUUUAUUGAAGGAAGGUGGGCUUGGUAAAGGUGCUUGGGAGAUGAACAAGUUGAUUGCUUCACACUCUAAUGAGAAAUUAAAGAAUCAUUAUGAGUCUUGGUUGAAAAAUCCAAGCUUUAUUACAUCUGCUAGCAUGAUCAAUAAAGAUUUCUUGGCCACUACCAGCUCCCCAUGGUUUGAUGUUUAUGGCAAUGAUUUUGGUUGGGGAAAGCCUGUGGCAGUUCGAAGUGGCAAUAACAUAAAUGGAUUUGUUAGUGCAUUUUCUGGAAUAGAAGAAGGUAGUAUCAAUCUUCAAGUGUGUCUUCCUUACAAAAUUUUGGAGGCAAUGGGAAAUGACCCUGAGUUCAUGGAGGUCGUGUCCAACUAAUGUAUGCAGUUCAUGAUGAAUAUUUGUAAAAUUGAUUUGAUAUCAUAUCAAUACAUACUGAUUGGAAGAGAAGAAUCUAUCUUAUAAGUUCUACAAGUUUUUCGACAAAGAUUAUAGACAUUAUUAUAACGGUGAAAAACUUUGUAUAUAUAUCAUGGUAGUUUAAAAAAAAAAUACUGGAAUUUGUAUUUUGUGUCAUAUUCUGUGAAUAAUUUACAAUGUUGAAGUCUUUGUUUUUUCAUUACCUAUGGUUAGAAAGGUUUGACUUUAGGUUUCUUUGAUAGUGAUACAAUGCAUGUGGUUACGCAUGUGGUUACGCAUGUGUAUGUCAUGCACUAAGUUGUAUUGUAUUGUUCUUAUGGGUAAGCACCCAAAUUAUGUUGAAUUUUCUGAAUAAAAAUAUUGUGUACUUC